GGUAAAGUCAGUGUGUCAUGGACUUUCUUUUUAUUGUAUAUUUCUAUAAACGUACGAAGGCAGCCAAACGUUUGGUGUGUAUUUAUAAUGUGGGUUCUUACCACUAAGCCGGAUACGUAAAUGCCAUGCUUUGUUUAAAUUUCAAAACUAUAUGUUUGAUUGUACUUGUAUUGUUUCUGUUCAGUAGUGGAGGUAAGUUAAGUUUAUUUGUUUUAAAUUUUACUAUAACAAAAUGAUCACAUGCAUAAAUAUGUAUUAUUAUUUUGUGUUCGUUGUUAUUGUGAUUUUAACUGUUCAUUGUGUAUGUGUGAGAUACACAGUGAUGCUAGUUAUCUAAAUAACAAGUCGAAUCAACUAGCAACGCUAACUGCCACUUCUACAAAAAUGAAAUGUUAUGUUCCAUUUUCCACACUAUGCAUGCUUUUUUAACGAAACAAAUAAAUCCUCCUUGGAACAAUAAUCAUGUCAGUAACAUCACAAGAUAUGCUUCUCCAACAAUAUGUAUGAUCAUCUCUUAGACAUUAGUUUUUUUAAAAAUGCUUUCGCAUUUACCUUAUUCGAUAUGUAUGCACUCGUCUCUUCACUUGAAAAUCAUGAAAUAUUACCAGGCCAGUCAAAUCAGUCACUUAACUCCUACUUUUCUCAGGUACUUUUCCGCUUAGCCCGCAUUAAAAAAUUACGAGUUUUGUGUACAAAAGCAACAUUGCCAUUAUAUUUUUUGAUUUCUCUGCUAAAUUGCAUAGCAACUUGCAUGUAAUUUCUAUGGUUAUUUUAAACAAAUUUUCCAGCACUUUGUAAGACAUGCGAGAUCGAGAAAAGUACUGACACUACCGUCCAAUGCGACGUGUCCGAUCUCAACACCACUUACAUAGAAUGGCGCGCCUACAACAACAUAACCCACGACUCGUUGACUUUGUACACCUGCGAGAUGACCAACUGCUCGACCGUCACGCCCUUGCUCAACAACACGUUGGAGGUGGUCAUCAAUGCAGACGGGGGCCGUGUGGUAUUCAGUAUUUUGGUCAUCCCGAGAAAAGCCCUGUAUUUCAAUGAGUUCAGCGAGUACAGGUGCUUCGCCGAUGUCAACGCUUCACUGGUUUGCGAUACGCCAAAUGUAUACGGUAAUAAUUUUAAAUAAUAAGAGGCGCGAUAUUUUCUUGUAUCUUUAGUUCAAUAACAUAACUUGGUAACACAAUCUUUAAAAAUGCAAAACAAUCUACACCAGUUGUUUAAAUCAAAGGUGCACACACUGGAUAAACUAGUGCAAGGCAGUGUCAAAGACUUUGUUGACGGCAUUUUAGUGUGAUAAAUAUGUUUUUGAAAUGAAAUUGGAUGAAGAAUACGUUAAGAAAUCGAAAUAGGAAGCGACGCUGCAAAUGACCCGUGGUCUACACUUGAAUGUAAAUUACCUUCUUAUCUAUUUGAUUGCGUAUAUUGUACUAUGCUUCAACUCAAUGAAUAACUAUUCUUGCUCUGUCAGCUUUUGUUCUAUGAGUUUAUCGGGGGUUACCGGUUUAUGUUCCAAUAAUUUGGUUUCCAUGCAUAUAAAAAUAUAUUAUUUUUUCAGGUUUACUCACUGAAUUAUUUAUUUUAGGCGGUCAACUGCAAUGUGCGGACUCACAACAUUUUUUUUCGGAAAUUGACUAAAAACUCAAUAUAUAUUUAUUUAUCUUUAAGGCUAAGAGCUAUUCAAAAUUUUUAUGUUAGACCUUGGUGAGACUCUUCAAAAAAUGCAGCGAAAUAAAUGUAUUUUAAUUUUUUGAACAUCAAGUUUAUUUCUUUUCAAACAAUAUUUUAAAAUGUCAAUACUUUGAAAUUUAUAAUUAGCAAUUGCUUAUAAAGAGAAUGUUACGAAAAAAUAAGUUUGAUAAUCACUGGCCUUACGUUACUUUAAACUCAAUCAAUUUGUUUUAUAAUAUCUUAAUAUAUAAUUAAACAUUGCAGAAAAAAUAAAUUAAAAAAGAAGCAAUAAACAAAAAACAAAAACAAAAAAAUUAUAAGAAAACAAAUUGAUCAAUGAAAUGAGAAAAAAACAACGUAAGAUUGUAUUAUUAUUUUUUUAAAAAUUGUUUUAUGCCAACAGCUGAUGUAAUAGACCCAAGAUGUGAGAUGCCAACAUUGACUGGUGAGGAUGUUCAGAUCAACUGCAGGGCGCUAACCCAUUUUCUGCCAUCAGUCUUCAACUUUACCAUACUGACCAAUGUAAAUAUCAAGUUUCACCCACAAGCAAUGGCCAUUUUUAAACAUCACUCAACUAUAAUUUUGUUUAGAACAAAAUAUCUAGGACAAAUAGAUGUUUCUAUGAACAACAUUACUUUAAGUCUAUGAAGGUCUUUUAAUAGUAGUGCCAUUCGUUCGCCCCAAAUUACCGAGGCCGUUAUGAUGUAUAAAGGGGCGCGGCUGAUGUGGGUGUUUGCAUGGCGUCUUUAUCCCCCUGAUGGCUUAAAAAAUGUUGUUUUAAAAAAACAAAAACAAUAAUGCUCGCAGGGUUGCAAAGUUUGAACAACCCACAACCCACAACCCAGUCUGUCAAAAGUCUCCUCUGCCACGAGAUAUAUAAAUAUCUGUAUUACUUACUGGAGACAUUCAAUUUAAGAAAAGUAUCGCACCGGCGGAUAAUCUUGUAACUAAGUUGUGAUAUUAGGUUUUCUCUUCAGACAUUAAGCCGACGAUGGUUGUAUCAUCAGCAAAUUUAAGGUUUGGAACGGUGGUCCUUGGGUGCUGACAAUCAUUGGCAUAUUUUAUACAGGACAGGAUAGAAAGCAACAUCUAGGUAAUGUUAUGGGUCAUUCAUCCUGACAUAUUAAUUGGGUGAAUUUUGUAAAUGUUCAGUAUGAAGGCUUGGGCGUUUGUUUUUACGCAUAGCGAAUAAAGCUUUUUAAUCCUAAGUUGUCUUUUGAUAGUGUCUCAUGCUGAUUAAAAGUAUAGGUAAACAACCCUAGAUUAUUUUUAGGGCUUUUUAAGCAAUGUUAAAGUAUUGUCAGUUAAAAUAAGACGGCAUCUUUAGUACUUCGGGCUGUUUUAAAAACAAAAUGAAAGAGGGCAAUGUUUUUGCCGUACUUCAUUAAAACAACAAAAAAUGGAAUUAGUGUUUCUUAAAACUGUUUUACAGUAUUGGUAUUUCGACAGGACAAAAAAUUGUUACUGCAAGUCAUUUUUUUUUUCUUUUUGAAAUUUGUAUAAUUUCUGGUAUUUAAUAUAUUUGGUAUAGUAUGAGUUUCAUAAGAUCGCUUAAAUUUGUUAAAGAACGUGUAAGAGAACUUUUCCGAGCAGCCCAUUUGAAUUUUCUGGCCCGGGGGCCUCGGCUGCAUUUACGUGUUUAAACGCUUAUGUUAAGCCAACAAAAAUGGAUCUUCCUGUGUAGUACCGUAAUGAUAUCGUUAAAUGAAUUCAUCAUGUCAUUAUGACCAUUUCUAAAAUUAUAACAUUAACACUGUUAAGUGGAAAAAAAAAAUUGAAGGAAUUUACAAAAUUAUUCACAUUCUCAAAACUUUUGAUUUGAUUUAAGGUGGUGCCUUACAUGACAAACAAAUAGUAUACUUUUUAAAUGGGGUAAGGCCGCUAGAUUUAGCGGCGGAGGCCGCUAGAUAGAAGGUUUACUUUUAAGAACAAACUUUAGGACAUCGGUGUAGAUUGGCCCCCUAUCAAAUAUUUUAUGCAAUGCUGAAAUGUUUAACAAAUUUAUAAUUCAUACUUUAACCUUAUAAUUAAUUAAUUUUAUUUUUGUAGCUUUAAGCGGUAAGAAAUUUUUACAGUGGAAGCUACGUUAUAAAAAGGACCUGCUCUAGACCUCCAGUUGAAGCUCAGAGUCUCGCUCCACAAUCAUGUUUAAAACUAUUUGAUUCAAUGAUAUUUACAUGUUCAUCAUAUACUUGUACCUUCAACACAAUCUCUUUGUAUCAAAAAUAAAAAUAUUCACAGAACCAGUCACGCGAUUUUUGGCACGCUGCACGAGACUACUACGACAAGUAUUUCCCCCUGCAACUGGACGGUGAACUGUAUUACACAGUUAACUUCACGCUGGACACAGAUCUCGGUCUACUCGGGGCUGGACAUCACGAGUUCAUCCUGGAGGUCGACAAAGACGACUAUUUAGGAUCUGCUUAUUUUAACGAAAUGCGUAUGUGUACCUUAUACAUCGAUUACUUACUUAUUUACGUUACGCCUAUCAACGGGACAUCCUGAAAAGUCUUAAGAGUGUCAUGGGGGUGGAUUAUGAUGUAUCUACAAUUAUGGUCCUAAAACUAUUUGCAUCCGGGCAUGAUGCGACCAAACGGAGGUCCCUUUCCAGUUCCGCCUGGCAGCAGAGAGCAGUAACAACUAUGAAACCGGACGUUAACCUUCUCAUAACGAUAAUUGAAAGUAAUACAUCCUUUUUAAAUGCGUGUACAUUUUUGUUUGAUUAAAUGCCUCUUCCUUUACAUAUGUAUUUAUUAAUUUGUUUAGUUAUGUCAUUAUAUGUUUCCUCUCUUAAAUGUGAGAAAUAAAUUCCUUUAAACACUUAUCCUUUCAUAUUAUAUUCGAGACACAUAGUGUCUUAGGCCAGUGAAUUGAAUCUUCUUUAAAUUAAAAUGUGUAAGGACUUUUAAACUAGAUUAACAAUGUGAAGAAAAAAUUGUUUGAUUAAAAACAAUGUAACUCUAUACUCUGCGUGUAUGCACUUUUAAUACAAAAACUGUCACAAGGCCCAUUAACAAGAUAGUUAAACCAUUGUGUAAUUGACAGGUAAAUUCCUCCACACCCACAAACUAAAAAGACAAAAAAACAACAACAACAAAACAACAACCACGGAAUCAAACCAAACAAAAAAAAAAAAAAAAACAAUUUAUACAAAGAACAAACAAGUUCUUAAAAUUUUUUUUUAUAAAAGCUUAUGUUUGUUUUAUUAGAUCUGAAAGGCUCAUUUAAAAAGUAAAUUAAACAAAAAAAACAAAAAAAAAACAACAACAAAAAAACAACCACGAAAUAAAACAAAACAAAAAAAAAAAAAAAACAAUUUAUACAAAGAACAAACAAGUUCUUAAAAUUUUUUUUUAUAAAAGCUUAUGUUUGUUUUAUUAGAUCUGAAAGGCUCAUUUAAAAAGUAAAUACAAGAAAGAGAAAACAAAAUGAUGUACAUGCAGCAACCGUUCGCCCUGUUGUUUUUAAUGCAGAACAAGAUACGCGUAUUCUUUCUUUUCUCAGAACGCACACUAAAACAUAUGGGGAACGAUAUUUCUCUUUUAUGCCCGUAAACAAUGGAAUUCAGUCCCAAUGCUAAUCCGCAAUAUAACGCCAACCCCAGUCUUCAAAACUGCCACCAAGACCUAAUCUCUUCAAACUGCAUUAUUAAUACCGACUCAUUUUCAACCAUCGUCUCCAAACGGAUAAACAAGGCGUGAUGCUACUGGGUGCUUUCCAUUGCUAGAUAGGGAUAGAUAUUACUAGGGUGGGUGAGAUCAAGCUGUUCACUAACUUUUUUUUUUGUUUAUACGUUUCUAUAAUUGCUAAUUUUUAAUGUGAAUCCCAGUGAGCCUAGCCCUAGCCUGGGGUAAUUCACUAUAUAAAAAAACCCUAAUAAUAUUAAAUAAUAAUAAUAAAGUGGUGAUGGUUAGCUAAGCCUAUGAGAACUGAUUAAUUGUUAAUCAUCAUCAGAUCAUUAUCAACCGCGAAGGUAAUUUAACAAAUCAUCAGGUUACUUGAUGUAACUAAUCACGUGCCUUUUAUUUCAAUAAGAACUUAACAAACGCAAUAAAUAACAUCCUCAUUUAUAAUACAGGAUAUCUAGAUAUGUUUACUGAAGUGUUGAUUAAUGAUCUCAAGUGUUGUUAAUACAUUAUUACACAAUUUUUGAUUAUAGCACAGAAACAAAAAAAUAAUAAAAAAAUUCAACAAUGCUGAAUUCCCUCAUACUUUAUAUCUAUAGCUUCCCAUUUUCUCCCCUGAUUCUACCUAACCUAAAAUUAGAACGCACAAUGUUAUAUUGUCACACUUGUAAAUGGUGAAGUAAUUAUUUCUUUUUAAAAUACACUCAGCCGUGCCUGCUAACCCUGACUGCGACUAUCCAGUCCUGUCCAACAACUCAUCUCAACUCGUGGUCAAGUGCAGGACAGCUUUAGUGUUCCCGGAACUUGUUUGCGACUUUAACAUUAGGACAAAUGUAAGUCUGGUUGUUCAUUCAUUAUUGAUAGGUGCUGCCUAUGUGUAUAUAACGUUUUGGUCAACUCUUAUGUAGCAAACACAUAAUCAGACAUAAAAGAACCGCACUAAAAGAAAACACAAAUAAUUUAAAGUUAAAGAGUUUAAAGAAUUGCUUAUCGAUAUUUCAGGAUUACUUAUUGCAAGUCUCAAUCAACAGGAUUUGCUUGUUAAUGUCACCGGAGAAGUCAGCUACGCAACAUCAGUAGAUCCGAACUCAAGCCCCGUGGGUUACCUGUCAGAGUGCACACUAUACGUCGGCAUCCGUCAGCUCGGACCGGGUUCACACGAGUUCCAGGUGGUCAUGUCCACAAACAGUUCCUAUGACAACAGCACGCGAGUCACCGGAAACUUUACGUCCCCUUAUCUACUGAGUGAGUAUCCUUUAAAUAACGUGAAUGCCGGGAUGCCUGCUCUACUUAGUUCAAAUGGAAUACACAUCAGCGCACUGUAUCCGCCAGUCUUCUUAACCUUGUAAUGUUAUGAUCACUUUUUUUUUUUUGAGCAGCUAUUUUUAGGACUUAAUUUUGAUGUUUAAUGCAUAAGCAGACAUUUUGCGUAAUGUUAAACAUUGUUAUACGAACUCACAUUAUAGCUUGCAUUAUGUUUACUCUAAGUAAAGUUGGCAUUUUAAUGAAUUUUUUUAUUUAAAUUAAUGUUUUUUUGUUUGUUGUUAUGUCAUUAUCUUAAAGCAAUCCGCAGUUAAGGAAGAUUAUAGGAACAAUGGCGAUCACAAUAGGUUUUUAAAAAAAGUUAUAUUUCUCGUCGUAUGUUCAUCAGUCCUGUCUGCCGAGGAAGGCUCUAAAGCAGAAACGUCUAUAUAUCUGAUUGUCUUGUCUUUCGAUUCAAGAUUCGAGAUUACCUUGUUCCGCUAUUUUCUUCACACAUCAGGAACACAUUCCUUUCUUUCUUAAAGUUCGCCUAUACAAUCACAUAUUAAAAUAACAGAUAUGCGACGACAUCUAUUAACGUUUGGAUUUUCAAACUUUAAAACUGCAGUGCAAAUGCAACAACAACUUUGAAUGUUUCUCUCUUUCCUAGCACUGCCCACAGUGCGCCUCAGUGACGAUUGCCUCUCAUUGGCUAAAAGCCUGUACGCCGAAACCUGGUCGGUGAUGUCGUGUACUUGCAUUUUAAGCAACAAAGGCUUCCCUCAAGGGUCGAUCACGUGGUCGGUCAACCAUAAGAUACUGUACGUUGAUACCGUCCUGGCUCACUUCAGCGAUUUCAGUAAGCUGAAAGUCUAGUUAACUGAGGGACGUGUUGUUGUGUGUGUUAAAUAAUGUACUUUAGGCAUACACAUUUAAUAUACUUUGGACAUACACAUUUAAUUUACUUUACAGAUACACAUUCAAUGUACUGUUGACAUAUACAUUGUAUACAUUUUAUUUUUAAACCAACAAUAAUACAGUUUUCUGGAUUUAAAAAAACAAACAAAUUUCACCCUUAUUUUUUUUAAUUGUUAUUCCUAUAUUUUGUGUUAAAAGGAUCUGUUGUUUCCCGAUUGGGAACUAGAUGUAAGAAGCCCCUUUCUAACGUUAUUUUUCUCAGAAAGAAUGUUACAAGCUCUGUAAAUAAUUUCUAAAUUAUGAAAUAUUUUGUUUCUAUAGACUGCUCGAUAUCAAUAUAAGGAGAGCGUUGAACGUUUUCAUAGAUAUGUUUUAAAUAUAGGCGUGAAAACGAACGAACUAAACCUGCUUUAAGAUAAAUAAUGACGGUCUUGUGCAGUAUCCGAUUGAGAUAAUUCGUGAAAUCCAUGUGAUAAAGUUGAAAUCAUUUUUGGACACUUACCAAUUACUUGACUGUCAAAUUAUUAUCUACAUUGUUAAUUGUAUGGGUGUAACGAUAACAAAAAUAAGUUAUGAUUACAUAGGCUCAUUAACAUAAUUAUAAAGAAUUCAUAUCGACUCAAUAAAUAAUUAAAAUUCCCAUGAAAAUCACUUGAUAUUUCUAAACGUCUUGUUGGUCCCUUUAUUCCACAGUUAACAACAUAACCUAUGAAUGUAGCCCAAUAAGUCCGCUGAAAAACAACAUACCUGGAGCACAGCUAAAGAUCGAAGUGCCCCGUAAGUGUGAUUUUUAGAUCGAUGAAAAAUUAAUCAAAGAUGAAGAUAAUAGUGUAAGUAUCGUCCACGAAUAAAUAAAACAAUGCCCAAAGACUUAAGAAAUGUUUAAAAUUUCAACAAAAAAAAAAAAAAAAAGAAAAAUCCAAAAAAGAAAAAAAAAUACAAAAAAAUGAAUGUAGCCCAAUAAGUCCGCUGAAAAACAACAUACCUGGAGCACAGCUAAAGAUCGAAGUGCCCCGUAAGUGUGAUUUUUAGAUAGAUGAAAAAUUAAUCAAAGAUGAAGAUAAUAGUGUAAGUAUCGUCCACGAAUAAAUAAAACAAUGCCCAAAGACUUAAGAAAUGUUUAAAAUUUCAACAAAAAAAAAAAAAAAAGGAAAUUUCCAAAAACGAAAUAGAAAUUCUUAAUGAGUGGAAAGCUUUCUAAAUUCACAACGUACGUGAAGCAUCAAAGAAAUAAUAUGUGGGAAGGAACCAAAUCAAUCUUAAAUCAUUAUAUGAACGUUUUAUAUUUCUUAACAAGGCGACCCAUACAUCGCAUCUUUUACUGCCAACUCCACGACUACCAACAUAACUGCAGCCGUCAAUACGUCCAUCAACUUCAGGUGUGACGCCGACGGCUUUCCUACACCAGUGAUACUCUUUGGGAAAAACGGGUCAGAGUCUAUAGCAACAAAGAGUGGGAAGACUAUAGCAACUCCUAUAAAAGGAUGUAUGGAUGCUGGCUUAUAUUGCUGCAAGGUGGACAAUUCAACCAAAGAGUUCAUUACAAGACAGUGUAUAUCGGUGUAUGUCACAUGUAGGUAUACAUUUACACAUCAUCGUUGCAUAUCUACCUGGUCAAAAGAGAUGUAAGAGUAUUAUUUCUUUAGUUAGGUAGUAUUUUUUUAUAAUUUUGUUUUCCCAUUAGCAUAAUAUUUUAAAUCUACAUUCAAGUAACAGAGAAUACGUUACUUAGUUUCCUGAAUGGUUUUUAAGAUGUAUUUAUGCUCUGUUGAAUAACUGUUUGUAAUUUUUCUUGAUACAAAUACAGGAUUAUUAUUCCACAAAAGUAUAAGCAAGUGACAAGCAAAACAUACAGAUAUAGAAUAAUAUUUUUUUUUUGUAUAAAACAGGGCUCUAAAAAAAUGUAUACUUUCUCUUGCUCCUAGUUAUGACAGCGUAUCUGAAAUGUUACAUUAAGAAAUGGCGUCAGCGGAGCGAGUCUAGACUGUUAUGCCCCCCCCCCCAAAUUACCCCUCCCCCGUCCGACGUAUCGGGCCGCGGAGCGGCACUUUGGAGAUGCCCACUCGUCAGGACGGCCCCCACACGGGCCCCUCACCCAAGUCCCUCGCCUGGGCGCUCGAUCAGGACCCCGCUUGGGGGCCGCCCCAACGAGGAGGCGCCCGGUCGAUCCGACACUAUGCGUUUAAACAGUGCACUCGAUCGACUUUCUCUAGGAGUUGGGAUGGAAAAAUGUACGUCCUAAUAUCUUCCCCCACCCAUCUCGGGAAAGCGUCGGACGCCCUAUAAGAGGGAUUCCACAGUGGGUUUCCACAACGUGACUAGUACACGCUGUAGCUGGGACGAAACGGUUGCCUAGGGGCAGCGUUCUCACGGCUGCAUUAUUUGAAUCCUCGGCCAGAGGUUACCACCCUCGCCUCUGGCCUCAUACCCGUCAACGGCAACUUGUAAUCAUGAUCCCUACCCUGGCUCUGCCUAACUUUCCGACUGCGACAAUAUCGCAACCGGCAGCCCUGUGGGAGCUGUUUUAUGUACAGCAGGUACUGGGGCGUGCCCAGUAGUUAUGUUACCAAGCAAACGCCGAGGGGGUCGGUGGCCGACGCUUCCUAAUCAGCAAACCACAGCAGACUUGUCAACCGGAAACCUGGAACGACAGCGUAUCUACGAAUGUCCCUUAUUCUACAUAGAGUGUAUAUUAUCACAUACAAUUGCUCCAUUUUCGCAGAAGUAAUUUUGAAAUAUGUGUAUGUAUAUCCCAUCUAUAUAGUGACUUCUAUGACAAUAAUUGCAGGUCCACUAGUGCCGCAGAAUAACUUUCCAAUUAACGUGACGUCACUUCCAGGCAAAGACGUAAACGUGACAAUCCCAGUCAUGGGCUAUCCAGCACCGACACACUACAUGUUAACCCGGACAGAUCGACAAGGCGAGGUCAUUCCCCACACCCUUUUCAGGUUUGAUUUCUCUGAAGAGACACCGCCCAAUGAUGACAUUGAACUGACAAUUCUGAGAAUCCAGGACGCUAAUUUCACCGGCUACACUCUACUGUUUGGUAACGGGCUAGGAGUUGACCACAAUGUAUCUUUUGUUAUACACAGAGGUAAGUCUAUUGAAACUGCUCUAUGCCUUAUGUGUUUCUCUAACGAUUGAUGAUAGUUCCUUAUUCCUUAUUCACAUGUUCCUGAUUCAAAAGUUUUAUUUUAGUUCUCAUUUGGAAACGUCAUUCAUAUGAUAACGUUGUCCACGUACUCUAAAGAUGAAGUAACGGUUUUAAAAAAGUAAGAGUGUUCAAACAAAUAUAAACAAAUGGGGAAAUGCCACUCAUAAUAUCAGUAUAGAAUGAUAGGGCUCAAAAAUGUUUGGGCAACCGAGCGGCCUACACUGACUCAAGCAAAAUAGUUUCAACUCCCACCAAAGCCAAAACAGCCCAAGCGACCCGGUGGAAGGGACUCGUUUGUCCUAGACGGUAACCCAUCUAAGAGAAGACAUUCUCUGAAUUCAAAACCAGGAGCCGAAAUGAUCAACACACUGAUCGUGGGCCCCAAGCUAUACAGAAACAUAUUUAGAAAAUAGACAGUCAACUUUUAUUAUUUUAAUAAUUAAUCUAUAAUUCAUACAUUUAUCAUAAUACUUGUUGGUACAUUUUUUUUAAAUUAAAGAUUUUUAUAGAUGUAAUCUGUUUCAGUACAAACACCAGACAGUGAUUAUGCGACAAUUCGAAAUAUUGCUUUAGGCAUUACAGGAGGUGUUGUCGGACUUCUAAUAAUCGUUGUCAUUGUUGUUGUGCUUAUGAAAAAAGGUUAGUGAUAGAUGUCCUGUUACUGUUUAUUAAAAUAUCGAAAGAAUUAAUCACCAUGAGAUUACAGAAUGUGCUCAUUAGACAGGACGUAGUACUUAAAGACUCAAGAUAAAUUUAGAUCUGAUGUUUUCUUUCUAUCGUUAUCUAUUUGCGAAAAAAAAAUGUUUCUAUCCCUAUGAUGAUAUUGACUUAAUCAAUCGUAAGCUUAAUUAUAUCAUAAAACAUAUAUUUUUGUACGAAUUCUCCACAGGUUCUUUCACAAGAUUAAGAAGUAACACCUCAAACUCUGAUGUAGAAAAAUUCACAAAUGUUUAUUGAGUCUGUUGUGUACUAUUGAUACAUUAAAAUAAACAUAAUAAAAUUAUGAAGUUUAAACUAUGAUUUGCUGUCUCUGAUAUUCUUUUAACUUGCUUUAUUAAACUGCACAGUUGGUACUUUUUAAAGAUAAAAAAACAAUUCCAUUGGUAUUUAAUCUAUGUGUUUUGUUGUCUUGGAUCGUCUCAAAUAGUGCAUUGAGUAAAA